AUGAAGCAACCGCACUGGUCAACAUGGCGGGUGUAUCUUCCAGGUCUGUUCGUGAUGUCGAUGUUUAGCGUUGUGGUUUACUUCAGUCGCACACGCUCCGAUGUUGUCAAAUACGGUUACGAUUUUGUGCCCAUUUACUCUGAGGACGGCAAGCUCGAGGGCUUCACACAUCCUGUGCUUGUGAAAGCGGGCAACCAGUACCGUGAGAUGGAAGAGCAGCAGAGUGUGCGAUGA